CUGUCCAUCCACGCGACCACACCCCCGCAACUGCAGAUCCCCAAUUCGUUUAUUUCUUCCCACCGAGCCAAGCUGCGACGACGGCGGUCGCAGCGUCGCCUUCCCUCCCUCCGUACCGCCGACGCCGACGAGCAUAUUGGGCCGAGCGCCCGAGCACCUCUCCUGUCAGCAGCGGCACUCGCCAUUCCAAGUACGAGGUCGACGCGCUGUGGGGCUUGCUGAAACGAGCAGGUCUACCCCCAAGUGAAAUCAGGGUCUUCAAGAUAGCUUACUGAGAUGUGGGGUUUUGCAUCAAACGCUUGGGCAGCUGGGCUGGAGAAGAGGAGUUCCCCAAACCGCACUUCCUCGAGUGCUGCUUAUUCUGACGACGAAGCAUCCUCGUGCACAAGCAGGGAAGAAGGCCUGGAGUGCCCGAUAUGUUGGGAGUCUUUCAACAUAGUGGAGAAUGUGCCUUAUGCGCUAUGGUGCGGACACACCAUGUGCAAGAACUGCAUCCUAGGGCUUCAAUGGGCCGUCAUCAAAGUCCCAACCGUGCCGAUCCAGCUACCGUUCUUCAUCUGCUGUCCCUGGUGCAACCUCCUGUCGCCCCGCGUACUUUACAAGGGGAACCUCACGUUCCCACGAAAGAACUAUUUCCUCCUCUGGAUGGUCGAGGGGAUGAACGGCGAGCGGGCCAGAUCACGCCCAGCUAUUCGCAGCGAGCAGCAUACUCCGUGGCUCUCAAGCAGCAGCAGCGUGGCAAAUGGAAAUGCAGGCUGUUCAAAUCCCACUCGACGCCACCUCCCGCCACCAUCUGUUGACACUUCGCCCACCAACGCAAAUCAUGCCAACUACGGGGGGUCCCCUCUGCUGAACGCAGGGAGGGUACAAGCUUCGCUGCGCAAAUCCCUGUCGUUCCUGGUCCACCUGACUGCCAAGUUUCCCCUGGUGUUCGUCUUCCUCCUCAUAGUGCUGUAUGCGAUCCCAGCCAGCGCAGCAGUCCUGUUACUGUAUAUCCUUAUCACUGUGCUGUUUGCGCUUCCCUCGUUCCUGAUACUGUAUUUUGCAUAUCCGAGCCUGGACUGGCUUGUUAGAGAGAUCUUUGCCUGAGAUUUUUUGUUCGGAAAAAAAAAUCUCAAUGCUGUUGUUGGGGUCUGUGUAACUGAAUUCUCCCUAGAUUUUGUUGCAAGUGUUGAAGUUAUUGCCAAGUUUUGGUUUUGGACCCAUGCCGACAUGUGAUAGAUAUGUUUACCUCAAGUCUCCAUGGUAUGGAAGGUCCUCUGUUGCUGUGUUGCAUUGCAACACAUCAGCGUGCUCUGUGCUGCUGACAUCUGUUAUGUUGGCUUGUAUCGCUUGAGUGCUUGGAAUGGCAGGGAUUGACGAAGUGUGGGGGUAUCUGAAAAGAAAAGUUCUUUUUUUUUCUGG